AUGAAUUUUAAUAAAUUGAUUGUAAGAAUUCUUUCUUGUGAAAUUUGUGGAAAGCCAAGUGAAAGUAAAAAUUAUAAUGUUGUUAGUUGUCCAGGUACAGAGCCUUUUGUUUCUAUUUUUUAUUUAAAAUUAUAUACUAAAUACUAUACGAUUGCGUUUAACGGACCUGAGUUAAAGAUGCGGAUAGCAUUCGGAUAA